AUGCUUGCAGGUAUGACAACCAUUGUGCUGCGCAACGAAACUAAAGUUAUCGUUCGUGUCGUUGAUCAAAAUGAGAACUGCCCAUUUUUCUCCACAAUUAAUUACCACUUUACAGUCCGUGAAGAAGCAUCAGUUCAUAGACCAGUGGCUCGCGUUACUGCGAGCGACGCAGAUUCUGGAUUUAAUGCACAAAUUUACUUCUACCUGGAUCCGGCAGUAACAGACCUUCCAUUCCGUAUUGAUCCAUACACCGGUGAAAUAUAUCUCACAAAAGUGCUGACUCAGGAAUCCUAUGAUCAAAUGCGUGGUUUAAUGUUCAUGGAUAAUUUAAGCGACAGAACGAAGUACGAAUUUAACGUGUAUGCCACUCAUCGCGGGGCAAAAACGCACGUAAACUGCAACAUAGUCAGUUUGGCUAAGGUUCAUGUGCGCAUUUCGCGUGGCACUCAGAGGCCGCCGAACAUCAUUGUUGAAGAAUUCAGUGACAUACACUUGCCUGGGGUUGCCGGAGUUGCUUAUGCUCGUGUAAGUGUUGUCAGUACAAACAUUGCCCAGCAACAUAAACACACUCUGAAAAUAGUCGAACCAGGCAUGCGAAGCAAUUUCGAGUUACUUCCUACAGGUAACCCAUCCGAAUGGCUUCUGCAGGUGCGAAGGAAUUUAUCCUCCAUAUCACUCAACGGUCGGAUUGUGUUGACUCUAGAGGCGAGUGAUGAAACGGAAGCUGUUGACACGAAAAUUUCUUCAGUCACUACGGAAACUCUGAAAUCGAGGCAUCUCAUCAACAUUCCAGUUGUAUCCAAGUCCACGUACCGGAUCUAUUUUCCCGAUGAAGUUCGACUAAGCGUUACUGAAGCAGCUCUCAUCAACUGCACGGUUUUAAUUCUUCAACCGUCAUUGACAUUCACUAUGACAAACUAUAGCUUUGUGUACACUGAUUUAAGGACAGCGAUAAACGGCGGAAUUCACGAUUCGCCUAUCGUCCUCUCCUCUUCUGGAGCGGUAAUCGUAAGAAGGGCUCUGGAUGUUGAUGCCAUGUCUAUGAAUAAGCCACAUGAUCGCGAAAACGGCAGUAGAAUCGUGAUCCCAUUUACGGUUGUGGAUCGAUUCAAUCUACUCCUCAGCAGUGCUCCUGAAUCUCGGCUAGUGAUUGACAUUGAAGACAUAAAUGAUAAUGACCCAAUCGUGAGAAAUAAUGCAUCGGUGUUUGAGGUGCGGGAAGAUGCAGUAGUCGGUACAGUUGUCUUUCGGGUCGAUGCUUUUGAUCCGGACCUUUCAAAUACGGAUAUAUCUUAUUCAUUGUACAAUUCGAAUAACCUCCCGUUCUCCAUAACGUCUCAAGGGAGUGUUGUAGUGGAUGAAGUACUGGAUGCAGAAACCAUGCCCGAUGAGUUCACAUUGUAUGUUAGGGUGUCGGACGCGGGAUACCCUGUUCCUCGAAGUUCAUUGGCUGUUUUCACUGUGCAUAUUGUGGAUAUUAAUGAACAUACACCGCAAUUUGUGGAAUCUUCAUGUGAAGCCUGGCUAACUGUAACAUCUGCUGGUUCCGUUGUUCCAUCGUUAGAUGCUUCUGCAUCCGGGUUGGCACUUGGCCGUUAUUUCGCUGAAGAUGCUGAUCGUGAUGGUCAAAACAGUGUUACGAUUCGCCUAGCUACAUCUACAUUAUCGCGACCGUGCUUUCGAGUUGAUGGGAAAACGGGUGAAUUAACGGCCACUUGCUCCUAUUUGGGUCAGCCGAAUUCGCAGAUCAUUCUUACUCUUGUGGCCACUGAUGACAUGAAGAUUUCAGAAGUCCCAUUCAAGCUUGUAAUCAAUUUGGUUGCUGCUCGUGAUGAACGGGGCAAUUUCACCCAACGCUGUCAAUCCUCAGAUAUUUACAAAGAAAUCCAGAACCUAAAACAACGUCGAAAAGAAUAUGAACUCUCUCUGGGUUCUCUAUCUACCACUUUCGCCAACCCAGUCAACAGACACCGACCUAAAUUCUCUUCCGAUUUGCCUGUGCGCCUACACAUACCUGAGAAUUUGCCUUUUGGCACCACUGUCUUACAAUUCGCAGCUUCCGAUGAAGAUAUUGCAGACUAUUCCGUUGCAGGACAACUAGUUUAUGGUCUCGAAGCUAUCAAAACAGUUGGCGUAGAGGCAUUUGCUCCAGGCUUCGGAACCAGGAAAACGGAUGUCGAUAUUUAUCAGGCUUUUGUGCUUGAACCGAUGUUUUCUGAUCAGAAUGACUCUCAAGUUUUACUUGGUACUUCUCAGGGUAUGCGCCUUGUGGUUUCCGCUCCUUUGGAUCGUGAGGUUGUUUCGAGUUAUAGUCUGAUUCUUCAUGUCUGUGAUCUGGGCUCUCCUCCGCUAUGCAGCUCUUCGCCUCUAAACAUUUUUCUAGAAGAUUUGGAUGAUAACCCUCCGGAAUUUGUUGCCAACUCACAGGAGGAGUUGGAGACAGGAAUGUAUCAAACUGGCUCAAAUUUGCCAUUUCCGGAUCGUGGUCCGAUCCCUCCAGGUGUGAUUCAUGUUCGUGAGAACCUUCCUCCAGACACUCGAAUAACUCAGGUUAUUGCUGUUGAUCGUGAUGUUACAGAUGAGGUGCGAUAUCGUCUUUUAACCCACAAUGACACAUUCAAAAUCCAUCAUCGAACUGGCCGCAUCAAACUGUUGCGCAGUUUGGAUCGGGAAACACAGUCUAUCUACGAAUUGGUCGUCGAGGCCUACGGUCAACCUCCACGCGAUGUGACUCAACGAACUAUGACACCCCAGUAUCAGCAUUUACUUCGUUUGGCUCAGUUGAACAGUCGUUCUGUUCACAGACACUCGACCACCACCAGGCUUGUGAUUCAAGUCACCGAUGAGAAUGACAAUUCGCCAGUUUUUACCUCCCCGGGCGAUUCAACACAUGCCGGGGAUGGGAAAAAUUUCAGCGAUCGUCCGGACACAUCGCCCCGUUCAGACGUUUGGUUCGGGGCAGACGGCUAUCAUCUGUCCAUCCCGGAAGACAUGCCCGAAGGAGCCUAUUUGCUGACUUUGACCGCACGGGACGCAGACGAGGGAGCGAAUGCUUUGCUUGCCUACAGUUUAUUUGGGAACCCGAAAGAUGUGGAGUGCUUCACUGUGGAUCAACUUACCGGGGUGGUCAAAUUGGCCACGAACUGUGAUCUGGCAGAACGACGGGGUGCAUCUCUCCAACUAACCGCUUGGGCUGUAGAUCAUGGUCAACCGCAAAGAUCAGCGAAUACUUCGUUUAUAGUAAAUGUAUUAGCCAUACGGCUAAACAUAUUCCCACCCCGAUUUGAUACUCAACCUGCCCUCUAUGCUGGUUGGAUUGCAGAAAACGUUCCAUCCGGUAGUCUAGUUUCUGUGGACAAAACCGGGAAGAGUCCACUACAACUAAAAGCCAGCGAUCCUGAAGGAUACGGUGUCAUUUUGUCUGUAAUGGGUGGCUCCGGACUUGGCUAUUUUUACAUCGAUGAUAAUGGCUUUGUGAGAACAAUGCGCAUGUUGGACGCGGAAAGUGUGCCGGAUGAGGGAGGUUAUUGGCUCACUGUUUACGCUCUGGAACAGCAGCUGAAUUCAUUCGGUUCAUGGUUCGAUUCGACAAUCACUAAACUUAUUGCUACCGAAUCCAAUGGUACAAUGCACGCGAUUGCUGAGGUGUUUAUUGAGGUUUUGGACGAAAAUGACAACUUUCCCAUUCCAUUGGCUCCGCAAUAUGAGGUAAAGCUCAUGGAGAACAGCCCACCAGGUGUUCGAGUCGUUGAAAUCUCGGCCACGGAUUUGGACACGGUAGCACAACCGCUGCACUAUCGAAUCACAGCAGGCAAUCCCCAAGGUCACUUCAUUAUCGAUCCGGAAACAGGGAUUAUCCGGACUACCGCUCGACCUUUGGACCGAGAGGCGAUUCUGAAUGAAACUGGACGCGCUGAACUCAACUUGAUGGUUUCUAUAUCAGAUCGCGGACAACCUCCGAAAACGUGCACUGUGGCUGUGCGUAUUCACGUCCUUGAUGAAAACGAUCAGGCGCCUCAUUUUGUCCCCCUCGGCCCGAAACCUACCAAGCCCGAAUCACACCAGCCCAAUCCGACAUAUAAUUUCCGUGUCUACUCCGCCGAUCUUGAGGAAUCUGGCGGUUGCGUUGGUCGCGUGUUUGCCAGCGAUUUGGACGAUUUGGCAAACGGGACCGUGUUUUACUGGCGCGACACUAUGACCUCAUCGGCCGAGUCGUCUGGUAUCAUCAUCACACCCGCAGCUACGGCUACAUCCGCUGCCGCCACCACCGCCGCUACUGUGUUUGAUGUGGACACUCAGACCGGUUUGAUUUGCACAAGUCAGAAUUCUCUAAUGCCCGGCAAAUAUCGCUUGGGAGUAUACGCCAAAGAUAGAGGUCAACCGGCCUGGAUCGCGAACAAUAAUAUUGCCACAAUCGUUGAAAUCGAAGUUCUUUCCAACACUCAACUCCCAACGGGAAGCAAUUCGACCCAUCCAGCAUCGAAUAGCCUGCAGUUUUCUACCGCUCCACCCAAACUAUAUCGCCUGUCCGAUCAGCAUCUGCCCGGACAUCGACUGUUUACGUUCGGCGUCGUUGAUUCGUUUAACCCAACCGGUGAUAGUUUAGCAUUUUAUCUGGUUGGCAAGUUGUGCACUAAUGAUGUGUUCUGA